AUGCCAAUCGUUGACAAGCUUCAUUCUACGUGCCUCGGAACGGUGGCCAUAGCUCUCUUUUUUUCCUUGAUCGCUCCUGCCCUCGCGCAAAUUCCAUGGCAAACAGAUCCAGCACGUUGCCAAACAUUGUGCACCCCAGACCAAUGCCGAUGCGUUGGAAUUCAGGGUCCCAGAGGUCCACCAGGCGAAGUAGGACCAAUGGGAGCUUGGGGACCUCCAGGCGACGUAGGUUUACCCGGACUGCCAGGCGAACAAGGUGAUCGUGGCUAUCCUGGGGCUCCCGGUCUUCAAGGUCAAAAGGGAGAACCGGGUGUUCAAGGUCCUCCUGGCUAUGCAGGGGUCCACGGUUCCCAGGGUCAUCCGGGGGUAAGGGGGAUCAAAGGUGAAAGAGGAGCCACUGGAUGUGAAGGUCCUCGGGGUCCAGAUGGUAGUCCUGGAAUCUCUGGACCGCCAGGUAUUCAGGGACCUCCCGGCGAACGCGGUCCUCGUGGUCCUAAAGGCAACCCCGGAUUCAUGAACACUGGACCUCCUGGUCCACCGGGUCAGCCCGGCGAUGUUGGCGCCGUGGGACCGCCCGGUUAUAAGGGGGCUAUUGGACCACGCGGUCCACCUGGCAGGGAUGCACCGAUAAUCACAAUUGAAGGACAGAAGGGUGACCAAGGCCGUCGCGGCAUGCCUGGACGUGAUGGACGACCUUGUGAAAUCCUGGAACUCAGGUCUGGGCCGCGUGGCCGAAGCGGAUAUCAAGGGCCACGUGGGCCAAAGGGAGAUCGUGGAGAGAGGGGCACCGAGGGAGUUCCGGGACGAGACGGAUACUCUGGACUGGCCGGGGAAAAAGGCCUUCCCGGCCGUGAGGGUGAUCGGGGCCAGGUUGGUGAUAUUGGCGACCCGGGCAGAGUUGGUGAACCCGGCGAUCGUGGCUUUGACGGUGAUACGGGAAGAAUAGGUCCGGUUGGUGUUCCCGGUGAGCGCGGACCUCCUGGAGUUGAUGGUCUUCCUGGUUUUAGAGGUCCCAAGGGUCGUCCAGGAAGCCUUCGAGACUGUGUUGGUCCUCGAGGUCGAAAGGGCGAAAUUGGACCUCCUGGCACAAAAGGUUUCCGUGGCUACGGCGGUCGUCAAGGUCCCACUGGUUACAAAGGUCCCAAGGGUAGCCCUGGUCCUCGAGGUAGACCCGGUCUUCCUGGUCGUAUGUGUGAGACGGGUGAGAUGGGACUGGCUGGCGAGAAGGGUGACACCGGUGCGUGUUUGAACUACCAAAUAACUGGUCUCCAUGUUCUGUGUACCUACUCAAAUGGUAUGCCAGGAAUACGUGGAGAGGACGGCGACCCUGGUCUCAUGGGUCCUCAGGGUCCCCGAGGCCCGGACGGUCUGACUCCGAUGUAUGGACCUGUUGGAGAACCAGGAAUACCCGGUCCACCCGGUCGUGUAGGUCCCAAGGGCGAUCCUGGUCCUCGUGGCGAUCGCGGCGAUAAGGGAUAUCGCGGCACCCCUACUGUUGGUAUGCCCGGGCCACGUGGUCCUCCUGGCGAUAUAGGUGAAGCCGGACGCAGCGGCGCGCCCGGUUCAAUGGGCCCACCUGGUCCCAGAGCCCCACCUUGCGAUGCCUGCGCUGCAGGUGAGCCGGGUGGAAGGGGAGAGACGGGAGAGGACGGAGAAACUGGACAGCCCGGUCAGCCGGGUCAAAGGGGUCAGGAUGGUGAUCGGGGCAUCCCUGGCUCUCGCGGGCCACCUGGUCUACCUGGUCUUGACGGUUAUCGGGUCAGUUUUAAGUAUGAUUUGUUUGACUUCCAAUACUGCGAUCUUUCGUUGUGCCAUGAAGGUCAACAAGGAGUUGCAGGCAUUCCCGGUCCUAAGGGUGAGCCGGGUGAAACUGGCUUUGUGACAAUUACAAAUCGUGAGGUCAUCCCUGGUUCUCAAGGUGACUCUGGACGAGACGGCUUGCCAGGUGCCAUGGGUGAUCGUGGAGAAAUGGGACCUCCUGGUUUGCCUGGUCCCGCUGGUCCCAGAGGUCCUAAGGGCCAACCGGGCGUUGAUGGUAUGGCAGGCUAUCUUGGUUCUCCUGGAGACAAGGGAGAACCAGGUGAACCCGGAGAAGACGGUUAUGGUGUUAAGGGCGCCAAAGGCGAACCCGGUGAUAUGGGUAUCAGCGGCCCGCCCGGUCGUAGAGGUCCUCGUGGCAUCCAGGGCUUGGCUGGCCAACGUGGAUCACGUGGAGAUCGUGGACCCCGAGGGCCUCCUGGUUUGCCAGGAGAUGUAGGCAUACCUGGUCCGAGCGGACAAGACGGGCGAGAGGGUUCAUUUGGGCCAUCAGGCGUUCCUGGUCAACCUGGCCCGGUUGGUGACGCCGGGUACCCUGGACGUGGUGGAGAGAAGGGCGAACGUGGUGAACCGGGAGAUUCAGGCAUUAGAGUGAGUGGUCCUCCUGGCGAAAAGGGUAGGCCGGGCCUUUCAGGCCUCCCGGGUGAUCGUGGUCCUCCAGGCCGCACUGGGUCUAUGGGUCUUCGGGGUCGACCUGGUAAGCGCCUAUUUUCCUUGCCUUUGCAUUUCUCCUCCCUCUUCAAUCCUCUAGUACUUCCCAACUCUUAUUUUUCCUCAGGUCAUUCCGGAAGCAGUGGGAUACCAGGGACUUCUGGUCGAAUGGGUCCACCUGGAGAAAAGGGUCCUAAAGGCCUUCCAAGCACAAGAAUGUCUUCAGGCGCUCCUGGUCCUCCAGGGGUUCAGGGGCCACGCGUAGAACCCUGGCAUUUAAUCCGCUUUGUGCUUUUCCUAGGCCCUGUUGGGUCAAAAGGUCAACGCGGACCCCAAGGAAGAUGCUACGGACGAGGACCCAGUGGGGAUAUGGGUUCCCCUGGUGAUCGUGGAUACCCUGGAAUGCAAGGAUCUCGAGGUCCAGAAGGUGCAAUUGGACUUCCAGGGUUUCAGGGCCGAAGUGGGAGAGCAGGAGAAAAGGGCGAACGUGGUCCCAGAGGACCGACACCCGAACCCGGUAGACCUGGGCCUGCUGGUCCAUCUGGUCGACCUGGAUAUCCUGGACGUUCUGGCAGACCUGGCGAAGUUGGAAUACCCGGUUUUCCUGGACAAAAGGGUUCUAUAGGCCUGCCGGGUAUUUCAGGACCGAAAGGUCGACGCGGACGUCCAGGAAUCUCUCGCGGUGGACGUCCAGGUGCUACUGGACGUCCCGGUUUAGAGGGUCCAAAGGGUGAAAAAGGCAUUCGUGGAAUUGAUGGCAAGGAUGGCAAGCCUGGCGAGCCAGGUCGUCCUGGCGUUGGAAGCUCUGGACCUCCUGGACCAAAGGGUUACAGAGGACCUGUCGGGGAUCCUGGUUCUCCUGGCAUGGACCCCGUUCCUGGACCUGUGGGAGAUGUCGGCUAUGAGGGCAGAGUAGGACCUAAGGGAUCGCGUGGUCUUACUGGGCCUGUAGGCUUUACGGGACGUGAAGGUCUUCCUGGCAAAAAGGGCGAACGUGGUGAGCCUGGAGAUGAUGGACUACCGGGCCUCCCAGGUGACCAAGGUGAUGCAGGAUACCCGGGCCCUUCACCACGCUUUAUGAAGGGCCGCAAAGGGUAUGAGGGUCGUUCUGGCCUUAAGGGAUAUCCGGGACCUGCUGGUCCUUAUGGUGAAACUGGCCAAAGAGGUACUCUUGCCUCAGUGUCCAGAUUCAUUGCAAAUAAACCAUGUAAGCGAAGAACCGGAACGGCGGGUCCGAGUGGUCGGCCAGGUGCACGUGGGCCGGAUGGGUAUCCAGGACUACCGGGGGAUAAAGGCGCACCUGGCUAUCCUGGACGCCCAGGUGCGAAUGGAACAAUGGGCCCUCCAGGGGAUUCGGGUCUCCCAGGAUUUCAAGGGCAAGCCGGACGUCAAGGCCCUUCUGGUUUGAAAGGUGCUAAAGGUAGACCUGGUUUCUGUCCAGUUCCGCCUCCUGGGCCGAAAGGAGAACCUGGACCUCGUGGAAGACCGGGCCGUGACGGAUCUCAAGGAGAGAGAGGGGUGGAGGGUCUUCCUGGUCUGAAAGGUUCGCCAGGCCAGCCGCGAAUGGGUCCAGAGGGUCGUAAAGGUGAAAGAGGCUUUGAUGGCCAACCAGGAAACAUGGCAACAUGUCCUUCUCUCAAAGGCUCGCCUGGAGAUCAUGGUGACCGUGGCAUACCUGGAUAUCGUGCCAACCGCGGAGAACCCGGGGAUAUGGGUCCACCUGGCCUGCGUGGGGAAAGGGGACCUAUGGGACUGCCGGGUAAUAAUGGCCCUCCCGGAUAUCGUGGAGCUCCCGGUAAGGAUGGUGUAAAAGGUGAACCUGGACUACCUGGCAUUUCUGGGCGUCCAGGACCCGAUGGACCUAUAGGCGAUCAUGGCGAGCCUGGAAUUCGUGGCAUCGAUGGCCCAAUGGGUACUUCGGGCAGAAUGGGGCCUCCAGGCGAAAAGGGAUACAAGGGCUCCGCUGGUUACAUUUCUGGCCCUCGGGGUCCCUCAGGAGAACGCGGCCCUCCUGGCGACAUGGGUUACCAAGGCACCAAGGGUCAACGUGGUCCCCAAGGUUAUCGCGGUCCUGACGGUCCCAACGGUACUCUGGGUCUUGGCGAUGGCGGAUAUCUCUUUGCCGUUCAUUCUCAGAAAGAUACUCCACCCAGCUGUCCUGAGUUCACCCAUGAACUCUAUACGGGUUACAGUCUGGUGACAGUUCAGGGUGACGACGACUCAAUCACCAUGGAUCUGGGUAGUCCUGGAUCCUGUGCUCGCGUCUUUUCAAUCAUGCCAUUCGCUUCGUGCUUCAGCUCUCCUCCCUCUGGUGCAUGUCAAUUCAAUAUGCGGAAUGGGCGGUCUUUUUGGCUCUCAACACUGGAGCACUAUAUGACGGAACCUCUGCCUGUGGAAAGUAUUCAGCGAUAUAUCUCCCGUUGUGUGGUAUGUGAGUCGAGAACAAAUCUUGUCGCUUUCCACUCACAACGACCUUAUCUGGAGGAAAGCUGUCCACCUGGAUGGGAACACGCCUGGAACGGGUUUAGUAUGCCCAUGGUGGUCAGCGCAGCAGUGUCUGGUGGAGUGCAGCCACUUCACUCACCAGGCAGCUGCCUCAUGAAUUUCCGUGCUCUUCCCUUCAUUGAGUGCAAUAAUCAUCAUGGCAAUUGUUUUCACUGGCAAGACGGGCGUUCCUAUUGGCUACGUGCAAUGACUUUUAAUGAACAGUUCACAAAGCCUGUGGGAGCCACGUAUAAGACGGAUUUGCUGAGACAAGUCAGUAGGUGCUCUGUCUGUCGAAAGUCUAUGGAAGUGCUGGUGAAGUAG